AUGUCACAAACAUUUUUGGAGAAAUAUACAGUGGCUCCUGCGCCUAGUCGAGAUUAUUACGGUCUCAAAAUCCAGGAAGACGAGGUUAAGCUGUUUCACUGGCCAAUUCGUCAGAGACCUCAUAAGGUUCCAAUCACGAGGACCUCGAGUUUCAGUAACUGGACGAGGGAUAUGGUUUUGCAAAGUGAAAUUGAACAGGUUUUUGGCAACUCCUGGUUACAAUACACCAACGACCUCAUUGAGAAAAAGAAAUCCUUGCUGACACUCCCCCGAAAAAUCCUGAAAAAUAUUCUGACGUUCUUACCUGCGAAAGAUAUUUCCCAGUUAUUUCUACUGUCUCGAGCAUUCUACGAGAUCUUAAAUAACGAAAGCACCUGGGAAUUGAUAUUCAAAAAAGUUAAAGGAGAGGAUUUUUAUCUCGCGCAAAAGGGGUACGGCAUGUCUUACGGGUGGAAGCAGCUACUGAAAGAAACUCAAGGCAUCGAAAUCAAGCCUCACAUUCCCAAGACCCUGCGACCGAACAAGUCCCUAUCUUCCCGCGGAGACCCUCCAAAAUCCACCCAAUCCCACCGAACAAAAUCAGAAUUCGACGUUAAAAAAAUCUCGCUCUCAAGAAAAACAGCUCCACACCCUCUAAGCCUGCAAAACCUGCAAUUGAACAUCGAAAAUGCUCCUGAAGACAAGCCGAAACUACUCCAUAAAAACUCCAGGGAGAUAAAGUUCCUGGGAGCUCCCUAUGACGAUCAAUUGGAAAAGAAUCAGACGUCCGUCAAUAUCCUGACUCUCCAGUCAACAGACCUUAGCACGAAACUCCGGGAGCCAGAGCCUGAGAGGCCGAAGAACUUCCGGGCGAGUCCUGCUCCGAGAUCGACGUAUCAAUCAGGUGGAAAUGGAGAGACAAUUCCUCAGUCAAAGGUCUGGAAUCGUAGGAAGGGGUCAUCACCAAGUACAUCAUCAUUAUCAUCACUGAGAACCAAGGAAACUCUUUUGGAAAAUUCAGUUAAGACGAGUUUGAGUGAUUUCAAGAAAACCAAGGACCUCUUCUCCUCUGAAUUCGAUUGGCUGACUGGACCAAGAUCUCUAGAUGCUCCUGGCGACGGUCUCAAGCCCUCCGACACCAACUGGAUCGCGAAAACGGAAAAAUUGACAGAUGAGCAUAAGUUCACUUCACCAAUGAGUCAAUUUAAAAGAGGGAAAGAGUCGAUUUCGAAGGAUUUGGAGCUGAAAAAGGGUUCGACUGAUGAUUCCAGACAGGAUUGUAGUCCGAAAUCCACGAAGACGUCAGUCAGCAUCCAAUCGGUGGGGCACGAGAGUCUGAGGUCCAAGAGUGGAUUUCAUCUGCUCAAUUCUGAGUACUUAAAACGAGGGUUGGGUCUACAGCCGAGAGCAGCCGGUUCUAAUUAUUCUCUUCUCAGUAAUAAAUUGAAAAAUCAUAAGCUGAAAGGAUCUGCCUCCUUUGGAACAAAAUAUUACGAAAAGUGA